AUGGUCUACAUCCGACAACAUGUGUUACCCAACUUGCGCAACUAUAAGUACGCUGGCGUUGACCACUCGCUGGUCAGUCGCUACGUUUUGAAGCCCUUCUACAGCAAUGUUUUCCGUGCCCCCAAUUCGCUAGGUGGAUUGCCUGAGACGAGCUUCGGACCAGACAUCAGCAUGGUCCACGGCUCGUUUCCUCCUCGUGAUCGUGACCGCGGCGGGGUCAUUGAUGGGCGAGAAGACGGUGUGCUAAUUCAACUUCUACUGCUUCUGUCGCGCUACAGACCCAAUCUCAUCACUCUGACCGGAUUCAUGUUUGUGGUGUUUAACUUUUUGACCGUGAUGUGGUACAAUCCUGGCAUGGACACAGACUGUCCGCCUUGGGUCUACGCAAGCUGCGCAAUUGGAAUGUUCUUGUACCAGACCUUUGAUGCUGUCGACGGAAUGCAAGCGCGGAGAACGCGACAAAGUGGACCGCUGGGCGAGCUCUUCGAUCACAGCGUGGACGCAUGCAAUACGGCUCUGGGUGUGCUCAUUUUCGCAGCUGCAAUGAACCUGGGAAAUUCGUGGAUGACCAUUCUGUGUCUUUUUGGAUCCACCAUGACGUUCUACGUGCAAACUUGGGAUGAGUAUUACACGAAAGUCCUGACUCUCGGUGUCAUUUCCGGACCAGUCGAGGGAGUCUUGACCCUGUGCACAGUCUACGCUAUUACCGCCUACCAGGGUGGAGGUAGCUUCUGGCACCAGCCCAUGAUGGAGACCGUUGGUGUGACCAAGCCCAGCUUCCUCUCCCAGCAGGUGUAUGAAAUGCCCUUCACGCAGUGGUACCUGGUCUACGGUGCCUUUGUACUCUUUUUCGCCACCGGCUCGAGCAUUUGGAAUGUGAUGCAGGUGCGCCGUCAGCGCGGACAGGACCCGUACACUUCGCUGUACGGUCUGCUGCCCAUGGUUGCCAUCUGGACACUGGUGCCGGCCUACCUCUAUCUGCAGCCGACGAUUUUGGAAAGCUACUCCAUCCCCUUCAGCUUGUAUGUCGGUCUGGUGAACGCCUACGCUGUGGGCCGUAUGAUUGUCGGUCACUUGGUGCAGUCUGGUUUCCCAUACCACAAUAUCCUUUUGUACCCAUUGGCACUUGCAGUUCUGGACAGUGCCGGGCCGGCCGUUGAUCUCUGGGCAGCUCCUCUGCUGGGACAUGGACCUUACCAGAUCAUGUUUGUGUUUGUGUGUCUUGGUCUCUCGGUUGGUGUCUAUGGAAGCUUUGUGUACGACGUGGUCACCACCAUCUGUGAUUACAACGACAUCUGGUGUCUGACAAUCAAACACCCCUUCGUCGAAGAGACCGAGCGCAAGACCGAAAACGACGCAAUCAAGGUUGCCGUCGAGUCCACUCAGAAGAAGACUCUAUAG